CGUCGAAACCCAGUUCAAUACCAAAAUCGCCAUUCUUCGAAGUGACAAUGGGCGUGAAUUUGUUAAUCAGACCCUUCGUGAGUUCUUAAACUCGAAAGGAAUUGUCCACCAAAAUUCCUGUGCCUAUACACCUCAGCAGAAUGGGGUGGCUGAAUGGAAAAAUCGCCACCUCAUUAAAGUAGCCCGAUCCCUCAUGAUACCUGCAUCCUUACCCUCGUAUCUAUGGGGGGAUGUUCUUACGGCAGCUCUCUCAUAAAUCGGAUGCCCUUCCGUGUGCUCAAAUUCCAAACCCCCUUAGAAUAUUUUAAAGAAUCCAUCUCGUCCACUUGCCUUUUCCCUGAUUUUCCUCUUAGAGUUUUUGGGUGCACCGUGUUCGUCCAUAAUCAUGGUCCACACCAAAGUAAAUUUGCUCUUAGGCCCAAAAUGUGUCUUUGUUGGUUAUCCGCUCCAUCAACGGGGCUACAAGUGCUUUCAGCCUUCCUCUCGAAAGUAUUUUGUCACCAUGGAUGUCACAUUUCUGGAGGACAAGCCAUUCUUUCCCGUUAGUCCUCUUCAGGAGGAGACUUCGAGUGAAGAGGUUAACACUUCCACCUACUCUGUUCCCUUAGACUUGUUUCCCGAACCUAUCCCUAAAACAGAAACAAAUGAACCCCACCAUCAUUCCUACAAAACAAGUGCCUUGGAUAACCUACUAUAGAAGCAUCUCCGAAAGGAAAUGGUUCUCGAAAUUGUUUCCCUGUUGCUCCGUCGGAAGGUGUUCAAGAGUUAGAAACUAGAACCGGCUUAGGUUCAAGGUACCCCUAGUCAUAAUGACAAUGAGUAUGUUGAAGGUGAUAUAGGGGACUCAGGUGAAGUCAAAGAUGAUGACAGUGAAGUCAGGGAUGAUGGCAAAUAAUGAAGCGCCCAGUGGUGCUCAGGGGACUGAAAAUGAACAACAGUUGGGUACAGAUCAACAAGUUGACAAGACCAAUGGAAUUGAGGUUGAUGCUACCUUGGAUUUGCCGAUAGCUCUACGAAAAGGUACUAGGUCAUGCACCAAACACUCUAUGACAAGCUUCUUGUCUUAUAGUAACUUGUCUACGAGAUUUAGAGCUUUCACUACCAGCCUGGAUAAUGUAUAAUUUUCGGGCAAUGUGCACAAGGCUCUAGAAAUUCCUGAAUGGCGAGGUGCAAUUAUGGAGGAGAUGCGGGCCCUUGAGACUAACAAAACAUGGAAUCUGGUUAGUCUUCCGAGAGGGCACAAAAUUGUAGGGUGCAGGUGGGUGUUUAUUGUCAAAUACAAGUCAAAUGGAACUCUCGACAGAUAUAAGGCCAGAUUGGUUGUAAAAGGAUUCACUCAGACGAGUGGAUUACUCAGAAACCUUCUCACCUUUGGCAAAACUUAACACUAUUCGUGUCCUUCUUUCUGUGGCUGUUAAUCAAGACUGGCCUCUCCAUCAGUUGGAUGCGAAAAAUGCGUUCCUGAAUGGUGAACUGGAAGAAGAGGUUUAUAUGAACCCACCUCCAGGUUUUGAAGCCCAGUUUGGCAAUCAGGUGUGCAAAUUAAAAAAAUCCUUGUAUGGACUGAAGUAGUCCCCUAGAGCUUGGUUCGAUCGAUUCACCACCUUUGUUAAAUCUCAGGGGUUUGUUCAAGGGCAUUUAGAUCACACCUCGUUCACUAAGAAGUCAGCACCAGGAAAAAUAGCAGUAUUGAUUGUCUAUGUUGAUGAUAUUAUACUAUCAGGAAAUGAUUCAGCAGAAAUUGACAGGUUAAAAUGACGAAUGGCAGAUGAGUUUGAGAUAAAAGAUCUCGGUACCUUGCGAUAUUUUCUAGGAAUGAAGGUAGCAAGAUCAGUAGAAGGGAUCUCAGUGUCUCAGAGUGUAGCAAGAUCAAUACACACUCGAUUUGUUGAAAGAAAUUGGAAUGACAGGGUGUAAACCUGCAGAUACACUUGUAGAAGCCAACCUCAAUCUGAUAGAGUCAGCAGAUGAUGUUCCUGUAAACAAAGAAAGAUAUCAACGGCUUGUGGGGAAACUGAUAUAUCUGUCACAUACCAGACCUGAUAUAUCAUAUGCAGUUAACUUGGUCAGUCAGUUCAUGCAGGCUCCAUGUGAAAGACACAUGGAGACAGUCACACGAAUCCUGAGGUAUCUGAAGUCUUCUCAUGGAAAGGGCUUGGUUUUCAGAAAGCAUGAUAAAAUGUGUAUCGAGGCCUACACAGAUUCUGACUGGGCCGGUUCUGUUACAGAUAAGAAAUCUACCUCAGGAUACUGUACCUUCGUGUGGGGAAACUUAGUUACCUGGAGAAGUAAGAAGCAACGCGUCGUGGCUAGAAGCAGUGCUGAAGCCGAAUAUAGGGCUAUGAGCUUGGGUAUAUGUAAAGAAAUUUGGUUGAAGAAGGUUUUGGUAGAUCUACAUCAAGAAAAUCAUGACCCGAUGAGACUUUACUGCGAUAACAAGGCUGUCAUUAAUAUUGCACACAAUCCCGUUCAACAUGACAGAACCAAACACGUUGAGAUUGACCGACACUUCAUCAAAGAAAAACUGGAUAACGGUAGCAUUUGCAUUCCUUAUGUUCCGUCCAGCCAACAAGUUGCGGAUGUUCUCACCAAAGAGUUACCCAGACAGACUUUUGACACCUGUGUUAGCAAGUUGGGUCUCAUUGACAUCUACGCCCCAACUUGAGGGGGAGUGUUGAAAUUAUAUUUUAGCCCUAAGGGCGUUUUUGUCUUUUAUCAGUCUAGGGUUUCUCAUUGUUUGGUUAUUUAAACCUGUUCCUGUAUUGUGUACUGUGUAUCUGAAUUAAAAAUAAAAACUCUUAUCGUGGUUUUUUCUCCCUGGUCUAGGGUUUUCCACGUAACUCUGGUGUUUUUUUUUCCCUAACUUUUCAAGACUUAGAUUGAUUAGUAUGUGUUUGGAAAUGCUUUUGGGAUUUGGGUUUUUGAACAAGUCGAAAACAAUUUUAGAAUGUUGAAAAGAAAAACAUUUCCAAACACACUAAAAAUCUUAGGCUCUGUUUUCUCGUAAUCUUUUGGUAAGUUUUUCACCUUUAUUAAAAAAAACACAUUAAAUUUAAAAAACAAAAUAGUUUUUAAAAUAACUUUCUAAAUUUCAAAUUUUAGCUUGGUUUUUUAAAACUUUUUUAAAAAGUAGGUAAUACAAAAAAAAUUUGUAGGUUGAAGUAGAGUUUAUAAGCUUAAUUUUCAAAAUAGAAAAUAAAAAACAAAAUAGUUGUAAAAUGGGUCGUAGACUAUAACCAUGUGGCAAUCUGCUUUAAAAGAUUAUUGCUUUGUUUACUUUAAAGCUGUAUUACUAGCUAAUAAUAGUACCAUUAUCUGU